UUUUGUUCCUAAGACACUGUCUUGUCGUUAUUUAUAUAGAUAUCGAACUUCAUAUUGAGAUCUGAUGUAUCUAAUGUGUUUCUUUAAAGUGCUCCUUUAAUUUUUGUCAGCAGUAUACAUAAUUAUACGUAGAACUAAACAGAGCUCUAAAGAAAAUAUAUUUUACCUUUUGCCUUUGCAGACGAUGUUUUUUUAAAAUUAGGAUUUUUUUAAAUUUAUUUAUUUUUUGGUAAAUACUUGAUAAAAUUUGCUGUAUCCUAUCUUUUAUGCUAUUUAUUUUGGAUUUGUUUGGCCAAUCUUCAGGACUAUUAGAGUACCAAACAUUACCACAGAAACCAGCUCUCCUUAUGGUAUUCUGUGUGCAUUUCUUUAACAAGUUUGUUACUAAGUAAAUGUCAGUCAGAUUGGAAGCAACAAUCAGUAAAAAGGCGAGUCCUUUCUCCAAUCCCUCUGUAUUGAUGAUCCCCUGAACAGCUCCAUCCGAGUUCGCCUCCGCCCUGACUCCGCAGUCCCUCCGCAUGCCCCGGGCUGAUCAAUGCGUGCGCGGUUCCUCCGGUGCACAGCGGCGAUAAUGAGGCCCUGGAGGAUACCAGUAAAUUGACAGAUUAAUCAUUUUAACCCACUGAGUCCGGGCGGUGCUCCGGGCAGCAGCGCACAUCGACUUUCUGUUUGCACUUAAAGCUUCACUGUUAAGGUAUUACAGUCCACUGGAUUCUGCUGUCAGUCGGCCGGACUCGUGGAGGAGGCAGAUUUUUUCCUCCUGUAUAUCUGCCACCAUCACGUGCCGAUGAACGAUGUGAUCCUGUGGGGUUUUGGUGUGACCGCUGCUCUUCCCGUCCCUCAGGGCUGCAGUAUGUUCACCUCCGUGAAGGCCUUCGAGGGGCAGCAGUACUCCACCCUGAAGAGGCAGUGCUUGCAGAGCGGCCUCCUCUUCGAAGACCCCCGCUUCCCUGCAAUCGACGACUCUCUCUUCUACCUGGGCAACAGGAUCGGGCGUGUGGUCUGGAAGAGGCCUCGGGAGCUGUGUGAGGACCCUCACCUGUUUGUCGAUGGCAUCAGUGCACAUGACCUCCACCAGGGGCAGCUGGGGAACUGCUGGUUCGUCGCUGCGUGUUCCAGUCUGGCCUCCAGAGAGUCUCUGUGGCAAAAAGUCAUUCCGGACUGGAAGGAGCAGGAGUGGGACACGGAAAAGCCGGACUCCUACGCGGGGAUCUUCCACUUCCGCUUCUGGCGCUUCGGGGAGUGGGUGGACGUGGUGAUUGACGACCGGCUGCCCACAGUAGACAACCAGCUCGUCUACUGCCAUUCCAAUGACAGCAACGAGUUCUGGAGCGCCCUGGUGGAGAAGGCCUACGCCAAGGUAUAUGGAUGCUACGAAGCCUUGGAUGGGGGAAACACGGCCGACGCGCUGGUGGAUUUUACGGGGGGUGUGUCUGAACCCGUGGACCUGCUGGAAGGUCAGAUGGCUACAGAUGAGGUGGCCCGUAAUCAGCUGUUUGAAAGAGUCCUCAAAGUCCACAACAGAGACGGCCUGAUCAGCUGCUCCAUCAGGGCGACCACGGUGGAAGACAUGGAAGCCCGCCUGGACUGCGGUUUGGUCAAAGGUCACGCCUACGCCGUCACAGACGUUCGGAAGGUCCGGUUAGGCCACGGACUGCUGGCCUUCUUCAAGUCGGAGAAGCUGCACAUGAUCCGCAUGAGGAACCCCUGGGGGGAGAAGGAGUGGAGCGGCCCCUGGAGCGACAGUUCAGAAGAGUGGAACAAAGUGAGCAAGAGCGAAAGAGAGAAGCUGGGCGUGACCGUGCAGGACGACGGCGAGUUCUGGAUGACCUUCGACGACUUCUGCCAGUACUUCACCGACCUGAUCCUCUGCCGCCUCAUCAACACCUCCUACUUAAGCAUCCACAAGACCUGGGAGGAGGAAGUGAUCCAGGGUUCGUGGGUCCACCGCCAAGACCCGCUGCGCAACCGGGCCGGCGGCUGCAUCAACCACAAGAACACCUUCCUGCAGAACCCUCAGUACGUGUUCGAUGUGAAGAAGGUGGAAGACGAGGUGCUGAUCUGCUUGCAGCAGAAGGAGAAGAGGGCCACACCCAAAGAGGGCAAAGGAGAAAACCUGGCCAUCGGCUUCGACAUUCACCGGGUGGAGGUGAACCGGAAGUACCGCAUGCACACGGCCCAGCAGAAGGUAGCCGGCUCCAUCUACAUCAACUCGCGCUGCGUCUUCCUCAGGAAGGAGAUGAAGGAGGGCCGCUACGUCAUCAUCCCCACCACCUUCGACCCCGGGCAGCAGGGCGACUUCCUGCUCCGCGUCUUCACUGAUGUGCCUUCAGACUGCAAAGAGCUGACUCUGGACGAGCCUCCUCAGACCUGCUGGACGGGGAUGUGCGGUUACCCUCAGCUGGUCACUCAGGUCCAUGUACUGAAUGCCGAAGGCCUGCAGGGACAGGAUUCCAACGGAGAGCUGCACUGCCUCAAUCCCCAAAAGAAAAGACUCCUGGGCAAAGCACAAGCUGUGGAUUCCUACGUGAUUAUAACCUGUGAGGGGGAGCGGGUGCGUUCACCUGUGCAGAAGGACACGCGGUGCCCAAACUUUGACGUCAAAGGCCUCUUUUAUCGCAAGAAGCCCAAGGAAGGAAUCCACAUCGAGAUCUACAACAGGAACAUGAUCGUGGACACUUUCCUGGGUCAGGUGAUCUUGUUCAGCGACCCCAACGAGCGGCAGGAGCAGCACACUCUUCACCUCCGCGACAAGGGCAGUCGCCAGGACAACAACCUGCCGGGCACGCUCACUGUGCGCCUCAUCACGUCCACCACACUCACCAACAUCUGACGCCGUUUCCUUCACCCUGGCAAAAAAACCAAACGUAGCCUCCACCUCUGAAGGGCCGUCACUGAGCUGCUUUACGGCUAAUUUUUUCACAUUUUUGGUUCAUUUUCUGUCAUUUCUGGUUCCGACCCAAAGCGGCUGAGUGACGGGCCUCCAGGAAGGCUCUUUGCCAGAUCUUUGAUCCACGUUGUGAUCUCACUGUGUCUUUGUUUUCCUUUCAUCUUUUCUUUUUCUGCAUCUAAACGUCUCCAUGAAAGGAGUCCAAACCGCACGUCUGAACCCAUUCCCGCACAAACCCACCGUCAUUCCCCCACAGAGUUUGGGGGCUGAGAUCCUGUUGGAAACCAGAACCCUUUGGUGGUUCUGAUCCUCUUCCACCAAUCCCACAAUGCAUUUCUGCAUUCGUUUGAGUUCAGACACAAACAGACGUCUCUGCAAUCUCCUUGCAUGUGCCAAUGUCUCCAAGGGCUAUGCGUUGCCUUAAGGCUGAGUCCGCCCCCCUCCCAACACCGAGGACACGUGGGGGGGGUCAUGUUAAACACUAGCAGCUGUUCUCAGUGUUAGCACAGCCUCCAUUUUUGUUUGUUUGUUUGAGUCUUCAUUCCAGUCUCGUUUCGGUGUCGGAUGUGUUUGUGGACAAUCGUCGUGCCCGGCCGCCGCCCCCAUCACCCCCCCUCCCAGACUAUGGCGUCUCCAGUGUGCUGGUGCUUUGGGAAGCAUGCAGCAAAGUCCACGGACUUUACAUCCCGCUCUGCCGCGUGCUCGCCUCCUGUCUUCCAUCGGCUGUUUGAAACUCAGACGCUCGGCGCCGGUUGCUAUGGACGAUCUCAGAACCGCAUGGCUUUGAAAAGAAAAAACUCUCGUGCCGCACGUCAAUGUCGUAGCUUAGCAGCCGGAGUUUCAGACGCUGCUCCCUCCCCGCCGUCUGUUUGGUUCACCCCGACAUCAAUCAAGUGCUUUACGGGGCCAAAGAUGAGCCGGGCCCUCUGCUUCUUCUGGGUCUUCUUCUUCUUCGAGCCAAGCUAGGAACCACCACCCCCUGUGCCACAUCAUCUCUUAACGGCAACACCACUGCCUGCCCUUCCUCUGACCAGAGUCUUCUUCGUCCUGCUGUGGGCAGAGUGUGAGCGAAUGUGUGUGUGCGCGUCCCGCUUGCUGCAAACCCAAGAGUUCGGAUGAAUCCGACAACCCUCGACUUACCGGGACGAAAAGGGAAGAGGGAGUUGCACUUGAAGCUCUUCUGAGGCAUCAAAAGGCAUUUAAAGGAGCAGCAGAGGAAACGUUCUGCCAAACAACCCGCACCAUUGCCUUGGUCUUGGCUUUGCCUUGGCUGCAGGAGAACAGCGUCCGUUCGCCGCCGCCGCCGCCCAGCGGCCGAGGCGCGUCUCCUGCAGAUCAUGCGGUAACCGGACGGAAGCCCAAACAGAACAACCUUCUGUUACCCAAAAGUGCAAUCGAAAACUCACGACUCUUCUUGCGUUUCAUCCUUAGAAUUUAAACAAAAAAGUUAUCUUCAAGACAUUUCUUUUGAAUGUAAGACAGUGAAGUAGUCUGCUUAUCGAGUCUAUUUUCCUGAUUGAUUUAUUUUUCCAGCGCCUUUCCAUUACUUGAACUGUCGGCCGCGACAUUCAGAUUUCAAGCACCACACGCAUUUGUGUACAGCAUCUUUAUAAACCAGUCUUGCAUGGGUUCUUUUUCAGUAUGUUCAUGGCCUUGUAUUGUACUAUUCAAUUGUUACUCUAUAUAUCUAUAUUCCUUGGAUCUGAAACGUCUUGGAGAUGCUCGUUUUGAGGAGUCAGCAUGUCAGCACUAACGCGCCUCACGGUCAUAUCAGACUCCUUCAAACAGUCUUGUCUUACAGUGAUGCUUUCAUAAUGCCUCUAGCAUUUGUGAACAGUCGUAGGCUACUAUCUAGGUGCUACUUCUCUGUGCUCUUUAUUGUUUUUGGGGCUUGUUUUUUAGACUGACGUGAUCCUGCCUGAAUCUGAAGCAAAGUGUUGGUGAUGGAAAGUCUGUUGCCAAACAGGAGGAGAUCACACAGGCAGAGCCGGUCCCUCACAAGCACCUUAACCGCCACCUUAAAGUGUCAUUCUGCGUCCAGACCCGACCUUUAUUUUGAAAAUUCUCUCCAUCAGCAAGUUUGACCAAAAAUGUCACCCCCGUCACAUACUCAAAAACUGGUUAAAAUGGAUUUUUGGCAAAAAAAAAUGAUGAGAUCACAGUGGAAGAAACCAUAAAAAUAAAUUAAUGGGGCACAAAAUUGUUAUAGGGUUAAAAAAUAGUAAAUUUAAAACAACUAAGGCACCAAUACAGGAAGUUUUGAAAUGAUUAUGGGAUGGACAAAGGAACGACGGCGGCCAUUUUGUUGCCAAGUGUGUAAUUUGGCGAUUUUCACAUUUUUGCACAAUAUGGGAAUAAACCUUUUGCUCAAACGAUCUUCACAAAAUUUGACACAAACACCACCAAGUUAAGCCAACAAUCACAGCUGAAGUUUCAUUGACCUUUGACCUCGGGAAGAGGUCACCAUCUUGAAUUUUCCCAGCACCACUUACAAAUGUAAACUCCUCCCAGGGGUUUCAAAAUAUCACCUUCUUACUCCUUGAGCAUCAUUGGAAAGCUACUUGGUAAAAAAUUUUGAUUUUAAAGUUUAUAGAUUUUGAACAGCGUUAGCGCAGCGAGGUUGUAAUCGUGUUUCCCUAUUACUUGCAUAGUUUUCACUAUUGUGAAACACAUAAAUCCCUGGCUUAAGCUGAACAAAACGACGAUAUGACAUACAAUAUGACUAUAUUAGGAAUUGAGGCUUGGUUAACAAAAAAAAAAAAACACCGUUGCCAAGGAAAUCCAAAAAUUUACUUAAACAGAUUCUUCUAAAAAUUACAUAGACCUGUUCGUCACCACCAGGCGACCAAAAAAUUAAAUGGUUGCUAUGGAGAUAAAAGCCAAUAUUUUGGAAAACGUGUUUUUCAACACGCAACGGUAGAAGGGGAGGGGGACUUACCCUCCCCCCAUCAAAAUGGGGUGGAAAGGGCGGGGGUGGGUAGCACCUGCAGGUCAUACACACUGUUUCACACUGAAAUAGUAUUAAAAUCUUUUAGUCAGUUCUCUGUAUUAAAAGGUGACGGGUUGGCUGUGCCAAAAGAAGAACCGUCUGUUAUUUGCAGACAACAAAUUUGACUGAUCAAAUCUGUCUAAGCGUCCCAUUUGUAGUUUAGUUUUUCAUGGAAGCAGAGCCAAAAUCCCAGACGGUUUUGUGCGGCCAUAUUCUUCUAAAGUUUGUCUUAUGUUUAUCUUUAAACCGGCCUGCAUCCCGUUGUGUCCAGUAUGAUCACGGUCAGUGACUGAAGGGUUUCCCCAUCAUCCAUAUAGGAUGGGUCUGGAUCUUGAUGAUCUCACUCAGCUUUCCCGGGUCCACACAGAACCUUUUAAAGAAACUUCACGAAUGCCUGAGGCAUUGUGAGCAUUUUACCUCUGCUUUCGUCUGGAUCUGUGACUGCUUAUGUUUACUUGACCACUGUGGAUUCUGCUCUUUUUGGUUCUCUGACGACACAAAAGCGUUUGAGCCAACGCUGUCGAAACUGUUUGAAACUGUUUCCACCUUUCUUAAUUUUUUUGAAGUUUCUCUUCUGAUUUUCUAAAGGUUUCUUUGUGUUUAAUUUUAUUGUUUUUUUAUCCUCUGGAAGGACAAUUCUCAGAAAUCAAGAUAGGAAUUGCAAAUCUUUUGAAGAAUUCUCUAAAUUUGUUUACCGUUUUCAUUAUUACUACUCGUUUUAGUGUUUUCCAUUAAGGUUGACAACAGUGGCUUCAGGUAAAAUAAGACAUAUCAAUAAUGACCGACAGGGGUUGAGGUUUUGUAAUGGAAUUGAGGUUACAACUGCUGUUAAUUAUUAAUCUGCUUUUUGUUUCCCCAAAAUAUUUAAUUAACUCCUUAUGAAUAUUGUCUAAUUAAUUCUCCCAAAAUAGUUUUGAUGGAAACAUUUCUGUUUAUCUUAUUUUGAUUCCAUACUUAAUAAAAAAUCAGAAAUAUAAAAUGGAAAAUUUCUCUGCAGACCCAGAAACUUUUUAACAUUAAUUAAUGUAUCGUUGAGUUUGAAUUGGAAUUAACAUAAAUCUGUUUCCAUCUGAUGAAGUUGAAACUAUUUCUUUGUAUUUGAAAGCACAUAGAAUGUUAUCAUCUAGCCGGGCUCCAGAUGCUUUCAUUUCUAGAUGAGCUUCAAUCCGGAAGUCAAAUUGUUGUCCUUUUAGAACAGAGGCGUCAGGCUCCAGGCAUCGAAACCCUGCCUUAUCUGCUGCUGGUUACCUGGAUCAGGUGCGUUUAGCCUAUAAGGAGCUUCAUUGGCAGGCUAGUUAGAAAACACAAGAGGUAACACUUUCACUUCCUUCUUGAGGCCCAUAUAAAAACAAAAGCACCUUGAGCAUAAUCAGUUCUUCAAUUAACCACUAGGGGGCUUGGUACACAUCAAGUGGUCUAACUUUACAACAAGAAAAACAAAUUUACAGCCUAUUUACUAAAGCCUCCUGUGGCUAGAUCAUGUUCUCACAACAGUUUUAGUGUUGAUAAAGCUAAAGUGAAGGUGACUAAAAACCACCAAAGAUCACUAAAAACAGAUAGUUUAUUAAAUAUAAUCAGUCAACAACUCUAGACUGUUUAUCUGUCUUCAAUCCUUGAGGACUAAAAACUCAGAUUUAUUUAUUCUGACAGCAUUUUAGGCGCCAAACAAAAACUUGAAAUCAUAAAUUUUCAAACCAAAAUGAACCAAACCUUAAAUUAUCAUUUAUAUUUAAGGUAUAUGUGGAGUUAACUGUUAUAUAUUUCUAUCUGUGAUGAUUCUUUUAAUGGAUUUUGGGUUUAAGCAGCAUGUUUCACUUUUUAAACUCAUCUUCUUUAGGAUUUAUGCGCUACAAAGGUGCCAAAAAAGCAAAAGUUUAAUGAAAUGCCAGAUGAAAAUGUGUUUACUCUGUUGGACAAGUGUUUACUCUAAUUGUGUCCCAUUUUUCUGUUGUUUUCUUGUGAUUUUUCACUGUGUUGCGAUGUCGCUCUUUGUACUUGUUGCACAUAGUCAACUUUUGCCAAAAGUGUUACGGCUUUCACUGUUAACCUCCAGAAAAACAAACAAAACAAACGUGCACGCACACACACACACACACACCUGGAUGAAAACUUCAGCCUGGUUGGAGUAUCUGGACCUGGAGUGUUUUUUUUGGUAGAUGCUGCAAAGCUUCUGUGUCCUCUGUACAUACGACCCCUCCUUGGCCAUGCCAAAGCGAAGUCUGAUGAACUCGAAUACUGUUUGAACAAAAGAAAAAUAGCUGAACUUCUCACAUAAGUGGUGACUUUUGUAUGAAUCCAAAAAUGCCGUGCAUGUAGCAAGAGUGCAUUUUAAAUUUACUAUUGAAAUUUUGAAUUCCAAAUUUUGGCUUCCCAGAGAGUCGGCGGUUUCCUGUUGCUACUUUGAUAAACACGCCGUUUGUAAGAACAGGCUUUUGUUGCACACUUGCAUGGAUCGAAACGGCAUCCGGUUUUCUAAGGUUUUGUACAUGGCGGUCCGCAUAAUCCAGUGUGUAUGAAAGUAGCAGCAGCCUGACGUGUUUUUUAAUUUGUUUUUUUUUAAGGGAUCCAUGUUUUGGUGAACGUUUGUGUCUUUCCAGGUUAAUUCACUGAACCUGCUUCCUUUUGUUUUCUGCUGAAACACUUUGGGGAAAGACAGAGUGGUUUUACAUCCACUUCCAUCAUGGUUUUGUGUGGAUUAAGUCCACAACCACCAGUUAAGUCUUUCACUGUAAUGGUCUCUGCAACAGCCUUUGAUCGGUGCCUCCGCCUGGUUUCUGAACGCCUUUAGCAUCUAUGCAGUUAUGAAAAUCUGUCCAUUUGUCCAAAUGUGUUUCAUCCCAGAUGAGAGGUUGUUUUUUCUUCUGGUCUUACUUCGCUCCACCUCUAUGGAGGGAUGUUUGUGCCAUUAGUCAAAGCGCAACACUCACUGUUUUCAGCAGAAAACUUUGUGUGCUCAAAUAUUUAUUCUGCAUGUGAAACUCAAAAACACGUGCAACCAAAACAGUUUAACUCGAGAAAUUAUCUAUAAGCAAUUGAUCCACCAGAGGAGUCUCAAGUGAAAAAUCUUAAAACCUCUUUUGCUCAAUCUGGAUAAAAAGAAAAGGACUCUGGAAUUCAUUUCUUUCUGAUCUGAAGUCUGUGAUCAGAUUGAAAUGAUCUGCUUUGAUGUGUUUCCGUGUUUCAACCUCUUUUAUGUCAUUGUUGUUCUCUUGAAUUAACUGUUUAUUUUGUUGCAUUUUAUUAUCACUCUUUUACUCUUGAGUUAAAAGCACAUCUAUGGACAAGUGCUGCAAAUUAGCUUCUGCUAGCAUUACAGUAAUGGGUCAUCAGUAAUGAGCAUAGACUGCUGCUUUGCUGUAUGUCUGUUUUUAUAUCCGUCCCUAAUCAAAUCAUUCAUUCAUUCAUUCAUUCAUUGAAACUCAAAAAUAUGUGCAACCAAAACAAUGUUCAAUCACAGACGUGGACAUGACGGUUGAUGCUGAUUGAUCAGAAAUUCCUCCAAUCAGCUUGUUGACUGAUGGUCGGUCUGACUGCACGUAGUUUUCAGUUUCAGCAGUAAACUUUUUCUGAUUGUAGAUAUUUUUAAUCUUCAAGUGCAUUUUUCUGUUUCCAGUGCAAAACGUUUUUUUGAGUGCACUAUUAACAGUGAGUGUUGCACAAAAUGGCCCAAAAAUCCCUCCAUACACCACUACUUGACAAACGUAACAAGAACGCCUGGUAGAAAAUUGUCCAAAGCACGAUCCGAUGGAUUUCAGAUGUAAUCGCUCAAUAUAUACCAUGGUCCAAAUCUGCAAAGUCAUACUAAAUCUACAAUGUUCUGUGGUGUCUUUAAACUGAUGUGAAGCCACACUGUAAAGCAAUUUGCAGACGACAUGGUGCUCUACGAGACAGAUUUGUUUGAGCUUUUCUUACCUGUUAAAGUUGGUGUGUUUACUCCCACCCUCUGGAUGGACAUAGAAACAGUCAUAACAAGAAGAAUUUGAACUCGACAAAUAGUGACACUUUUGUGCCAAUCUGUACCGAUAAUCUGAUCGAUACGUCACAUGUGCAUAUUGCAUCUGCUUCCACUCAAAGCCUUUUAUGGCAGAGUAUUCCUUGAGAUGUUAACAGACAUUUUUUUGCCCUUCCUGACCCAAUCCUCUAUUUUAUCUGGGCUGGGGACUGGCACAGGGAGACUCAGACCCAUCUCCCCUGUGGCUGCAUACAGUAGGUAGGCAGUUGCGUGAAGGGUCUUGCCUUAAGGGUUCACUGGAUUCAGCUUAUUGCACACCUUUAGAAUCAAACCCUAAAUUUUCCAACGGAGCCAUCCAGCCACUCCCAGAUGUUAGCAAAAAUGGUUACUUCUUAAAAUGUUUACAGUGAUGGAAAAGUUGAUUUUUAUGCUGAUAUAAGUUAUGGAUCAGGACUGCACAAUCCGUAGUGCGAAGGUGGACUGCACCGCUGGGUCUACCAGAUCUGAACCGUGCACAUGCGUACGUUUUUUUCUUCUUCUGUUUCAUUUAAAGGCAGAAACACAAACUCCCAGCUCUUUAUGUCAAAAGGCAAAUUUAGAAUUCAUAUUGAAUUCAGAUGCUCAGACAUUAGAAAACGCAAAGUAAUGGUCUAUGAUGAGUUAGGUGUAAAAUUAUAAGUCUUGAUGGUUUUAUAUUAACCAAAUGAAGGUGGUUAUACAGAAUGAAAUUCAUGUUUUCACUUCUUUGACCAUGUUAGCCCUUUGACAGAUCUAUAGUCUUUUACAGGUAUUGAGAACAAGUUUGGUCCUAAAGUUCCAGCUGGGCCUUAGUUACGUCCUUGCAGGGUUAUGAGGUUCCUCAGGGCACCUUCUUAGGACCUUUUUUUUGGGUCAUAUAAUGUGUCCCUGAAGUCAACGUUUUAAAAAAUUCAAUGUUUGGGGAUAAGUCAAACCUGAGAGUUAACCAAUCAUUUUUUUUUUGACUGGAUAGCAUUCUAGACAAUGAGCCCCUAAUGAUCCCCCUGCUCUUUAUGUCAAAUUAAAAUUCAGAAUUCAUAAUGAAUUCAGAUGCUCAGACAUUUGGAAACUCAAAGUAAAGGUUCACGAGAAGUUAUGGGACGAGUUGGGUGUAAAAUUAGUCUUGAUGCUGUUCCUGCCCCAAAUUAAAGGUGGUUAGACAGAAGAAAAAAAUUUAGACCUUGAGUUCUUUAUGGGCAGUAAGAACUCAAACCAGUUUGGUCCUAAAGUUCCAGCUGGGCCUUGAGGUUCCUUUUUAGGACCAUUUUUUGUCAUAUAACCUGUCCCUGAAGUCAACUUUUUAAAAAAGUUUUGGGAUUAGUUGGUCAGUUGUCAAACCUGAGAGUUAAGAACCUAAAACCAAUCAUUUUACUUGGACAAGACUGCAUUCUAGACGAUUAGUUCUUAAUCCCAUUGGAUUCUACCAGAUAGAAUUGUAGUGGUAUGACAUAAAAAUUCAAAAUAAAACAACCAAAGUAAAUAUUUUCUUCCAAAAUUAAAUCAAAGUAAUGACCCACAGAGUGAAGAAAAUAUAAAAAGUAUUAGAUAGUAUAACCGUUUCUAGCUGAGUUACAGAAUUAAAGUGUACAUUGAAUGUGCAGAUUUUCUCCGUUUGUCCAUUGAAACAGUAUGAGGGUUAGGAACUGCUGUGCUUCCUUAAUCUGGAUCUCGGAUUGAACCGAAAUUUACGGCACACCUGAGUUUUGGCUCAGACAUUUUUAACGGCACAGAAGUUAUCUGCACUCUUCCUCUAGGAUCUUUACUUCAGAUUCUUUCUGACCUUUCAGCACAAAGUCACGUGUUUGCCGUGAUGAUUGUUUCAGAGCAGCGCAGAAACACUUCUAGAUCUGCAAAGGAACAGUGAGCGCUGAAGGCUUUAUGGAAGGGCGUCGAGAAGGUACAAGAAUUUAAAGGAAGUCCUGGGUGUCUGACAAACCUUCAGUGGGCGGAGUCUCCUCAUAACUCCUACAGAAUCAACUACAGUGAAAGAUUUAACAGUUUUUGAUUUUUUGCACAAAACCUGAAGAAAGUGGGAGAAACAUGGACCAACCAAACACUGAUUUGUGUUUACAAAUUCCUGAGAAAAAAAGGUGGAGUUCUGAUUUUGAAGCUUUGUCAACUUGCAUACUUCUGCAUGUGUUUAAAGAGAGGAAGUCGUGGGACGUCUUAACCACCUAGACUGCAUUUAAAAGAGGUUCAUUUUUACCUACGAUCAUGUCGGCUGAAGGAACGACGUUGUGAUUCUUCUUGUAUUUUUCUGCCAAUGUUUAUAGACUGCAAACAGGAAAAACCCGAUGCAUGGUGACUCUUCUAGAAGUUGCUACUGUCUUUAUAACAACAACCUUUUAUCAGUAUUUUAUAAGCUUGUUAAUUUUAUAUAAUCCACCUAAAGUUGUGUUCCAGACUGGUAUGUUUACUGAUAGCUAGGUGUCGGAGAGCCGUGCUGUAUGUUCUGUACUGUGUGCUCGUCGGUGUGAGCUUUACUUUUUCUUUUUCAAUGUGAGCUUUUUGAAUUCAGUUCUCGGUUACACUGUGGUUAUUUUAUAGCUACAAUCUGAAAUUAUUAUUUUUCUUUUGUAUUUAAUGUCAACUUGUGGCAUGACUUUGAAAUAAAACAGGAAAAACAAACUCA